GGAUAAUGUGAAGUGAGAGGAGCCGUGGGUGGUGGUGGAGGCAGCGCCUCCCUCACCUAGCCCGGUCCCUCAGACACUCACACCUCUCACUCCUCUCUCGGCCGCCGGCCCCUCUACAUCCUCUCAUCACAUACACUAACAAUUGACAUUUUCGGUCCCAAUACAGUAUAUGGAAUUUGAACUGGACAGAUGGCGACCUCGUAAAUAACCCGCGAAAUAAUAACGCAUCUACUUUCAGGAUUCAGUUGUGUGGGUAGUUCAGUUGUAACAUUUUCCCGGGGCGAUGCCAUCUCUGUAUGUUGUCAUGCUGGUCCUGGCAGCUUGGAAAGGAAGCUUAGUGUGGCCAACGGCAUCAGCAGAGGAUACACAGUUUGAUUAUUUUAAUAAGAAGUUAGAAGCGCCCUAUCCUUGGGCGCCAUUAAUUAACUCGGGCAAAGUUAAAAUCGCAUCGAAUUAUAGAGGCGCUUUUCCAUUUGAAGUGUUCGACCCACAAAAUUUAUUGAGAUCACACCCAGAACCUUUGCAGGGUGAUAUAUAUGGCCUGCUGAAGCCUGGCCAGGAGGGCUUACGGCAGCCUGUAAGAGAAGACCAGUAUGAGGGCAAGAGAGAGAACUCACAAGAACCUACACAGAAAGACCCGUUUAAGGAACUUCAACGGCCUGUAAACUUGGACCAUUUCCAGACUGGGAAAGAUGGCUUGCCUAAACUUAUAAGGGAUGGCGUGGUAGAGCCUGUUAAUGAGGAGCUGCAGCAGGGCAAGGUAUGGGCACUAGAGAGAGUGAUGUGGGCCUGUCACCAGCUCUUCCAGUACUUCGACGAUCACCUCACGCAGAUGAACUUCGAUGCUGUCGUAGGCACUCGCAUCGCUGAAGCACAGUUUCGGCUGGUGUGGCAAGCAUUAACGAAGGUAGUGGAGAGCGAGGAGCCCAUGAGAGGUAGUGUGGGUGUGGAGGGCGUGAGGACCUUGGCACAGGAGGCUGGGCGGGUCAGCACUAUAGCAAAGACCUUCAUCAUGAAAGCCUACCCACAGUAUUACCGCGAGCUGGGAGCACUGGUUAAUGCUGGCUUCUGGGAUGUGCCCCUCACAGUGCGGGCCCUCAACACCACACCUCUCGCCCCACCCCACAGCCCAACCGCCGUCCUCCGCGGCGAGGAACAGUUGGUAGAGCGGCAGUCUGACGAGUGCAUUGCCGAAGAGCUGGGUGGCGUAUAUGGUGACCUUGGUGAUCAUGAGACCAGACGUGGUGAUGAGACCAGGCUUGGUGAUGAGACCAGGCUUGGCGCUGAGACCAGACGUGGUGAUGAGACCACGUGUGGUGAUGAGACCAGGUGUGGUGAUGAGGCCUGGAGUGAUGAACAGGCUAGACGUGAUGAGGUGAGGCAUGAGGGCGUGGAAUGUGCCGUGAGCCUGGAGUGCUGGCAGCGGAUGACAGCCCAGGGUUAUUCCGGAUACUCCCUCACGCAUCAGGUCUUUUACCUCAUUAUUGGACUACAGGCUGGGUGCAGGCAGCAACUGGAAGAUAUGGCAGCGAGGAACGCUGCUAGUGGCAGUGCUAAUGGUGGUCUCGAGGGCUCUGUGGAUUCCAUGUUGGAUCAGCUGUGUACUGCCGUGCUCCAAGAGGCCACCACCAUCUCACAGGCAGGCUUUCCAGAGCAUCGUCGCGACCUCUUUAUGGAGCAAGGGGCUCUGUGUGGCAUCUUCGGGUAUAGGGACUUCUUCAAGAAGGAGUGGCUGGUUGAGGUGCUGUCCUGGCAGCAUGAGUCAGGGUGUUUUGGUGCCUCUCCAGUGUACCUCACCAAACCUCAUAGUCACGCUAGAGUGCGGCGGGAGGAGCGGCCAAUGGCUGGUAACUGCUUGGCGCAUCGUUCAGCCGUCGCCCUAGGCUACCUUAGUGUAUUCCUUCGCUUCCUGGCCAUGGACCUCCUUCUAUAAGCGUGUUGAGGACCCCUUCUUCUGCUGCUGUAGACGUGUAGAUGUUCUCUGUCAUAAACCCAGCAAAAGCGUCACAAUCAGAGCUAGCAAGGUCUAGAGUCUAGAGUUCCAUUAACACUCACUAAAUCUGUCGUGUUUGGAAAUUGAAAUUGAAAUAAGUUUAUUGAUGUAAAAUACACACAAAGGGAUGAGGUACCUCAAGCAAAAAUCAUGUUUGGUGUAUGACCAAUAUACAUACAACAGUGUGCGAUAAGAUAUAAAAAAACUAACACUACAAUAACUAACUGUAAGCUUGUAAGUGUAAUAAAAUAUAAAUAUU